AUGUCGACCGUCUACUAUGUCGACGAGACCGCCGGAGUCGACGCGCCCGGCAACGGCAGCGAGUCCGCGCCGUACCAGUCGCUCGCGUUCGCACUGUUCACACACGGGGACGCAGUCAAGCUGCUGAUCCGCAAGGAUCCCAACACCCUAUACGACGAACCGACACAAUCUGCGCUGAAGAAGGCCAAAAAGGGAGCGGAGGGGCUCGAGAAGAAGAAGAAGAAAGCGGAGGAGCUUGCGGAAAGAGAAGCGAAAGAGAAGACAGCCGAAAGGGAGCGGAGGGAGAAGUUGAUUGAGGAGAGCAAGAAGAUCCAGCUGAAGGAGGAUGUGAGUCUCCCGAAGGCCACAAAGAUUGUACAUCUCGCCCCGUUACGCUCAAAGCGCGUCCGCGUGAACGGAUGGGUGCACAGAUUACGCUCGCAAAAAGACAUUAUAUUCAUCGUGCUGCGCGAUGGCACCGGAUAUUUACAAUGUGUUCUCUCCGGGCUUGUGGCUCGGACAUACGAAGCGCUUACCCUGACCCUUGAAUCCACGGUACAAUUAACAGGGACGUUGCAAGAAGUGCCCGAGGGGAAGACUGCGCCCGGUGGGCACGAGCUGAUCGUGGACUAUUGGAGAGUCCUCGGGGCCGCGCCAGGUGCUGACGAUGCCUUUACCAACCGAUUGAACGAGAAAUCCGACCCUUCCAUCCUCGCUGACCUGCGCCAUCUCGUCCUGCGCGGCGAGACCGCCUCGAGCGUGCUCAAGCUGCGCGCGGCACUGCUCGCCGCGUUCCGAGAGACCCUGACCGCGCACAGUCUGACGGAGGUCACGCCGCCGUGCAUGGUGCAGACGCAGGUCGAGGGUGGCGCGACGCUGUUCAAAUUCGACUACUACGGCCAACCUGCGUUCCUCACCCAGAGCUCGCAGUUGUACCUCGAAACAUGUCUGCCCGCCUUGGGGGACGUGUUCUGCGUUCAGGAGAGUUUCCGUGCGGAGAACAGCCACACGCGCCGCCAUCUGAGCGAGUACACGCACUUGGAGGCUGAGCUUGCGUUCAUCAACUUUGACGACCUGAUGACCCACAUUGAAGCCAUCAUCUGCGAGACCGUCGACCGUCUGCUUGCGAACCCCACCUCAGCUGCGUACAUCAAGCAGCUCAACCCGUCCUUUAAAGCCCCCGCACGGCCCUUCCUGCGCCUCUCGUACGUGGACGCGAUCAAGUGGCUCAACGACCACAACAUCAUGCACGAGGCCGAGGACGCAGAAGGAAAUGUCAUCAAGGAGCAAGGGCUCACGGUGAUGGUCCCGCAUAAGGUGGGCGACGACAUCGCGGAGGCGGCGGAGCGCCAGAUGACGGACAUCAUCGGGACGCCGGUGUUCCUGUACGGGUUCCCCGCGGAGCUCAAGGCGUUUUAUAUGAAGAAGAUGCGGGUGGACGGCGAGGGACAUGUGUUCACGGAGAGCUGUGAUUUACUGAUGCCGGGUGUGGGCGAGAUUGUUGGCGGGUCGAUGAGGAUCGACGACUUGGAUGAGCUGUUUGCGGGAUAUAAGCGGGAAGGAAUUGACCCAACUCCGUAUUACUGGUACACCGAUCAACGAAAGUAUGGUACUUGCGCACAUGGUGGCUAUGGGCUUGGUGUCGAGCGACUCUUGGCAUGGCUGGCGAACAGAUAUACCGUCAGAGAAUGCAGUUUGUACCCAAGAUGGCCUGGAAGGGCAACGCCAUAG